GGCACAACCAAAACCACACCCACCCCCUCCCGAAUCCAUGGCGUGCGAGGGCGAGCGCGACCGGAGAGGAGGAGGAGGAGGAGGAGGAGCCAGCAGCAGCAGCAGCAGCGACGUUUAGAUUUCAACGCGUCGCCGAAGCAGAGGCGCACGUCACAUGGGACCAAAACACGCGCACGCGCUCACCCCUUCCUUCCCACCGUUACGCACCCCCUCGCAUCCUCCCUCCCCCCCUCCUUCCUCCUCCUUCUCCCUCUUCUUCUCCCUUCCUCCAUCCGCGGUGCUUCUGAUCGAUUUGGAGAGCGCCGAGGAGGAACUCGAUUAGGCUCUCUCUCUCUCUCUCUCUCUCUGUCUGUCUCUCUUCUCUUUACCUGGGGCUCGGAGAAGGGAGAGAGAUUUGGGGACGGCGAGGAUGGAGGACGGCGUGCUGUGCCAGUGGAGCGUCUUCAGAUCCCUCCUCGCGAUUGUCCAGUGGUGGGGCUUCAACGUCACCGUCAUCAUCAUGAACAAGUGGAUCUUCCAGAAAUUGGAUUUCAAGUUUCCUCUGACCGUGUCGUGUAUCCACUUCAUAUGCUCGGCUAUUGGAGCUUACCUGGUUAUAAAAGUGCUGAAGCUCAAGCCCUUGAUUGUUGUUGACCCGGAAGAUCGCUGGAGACGGAUUUUUCCCAUGUCCUUUGUGUUCUGUAUAAACAUUGUCCUCGGGAACGUGAGUCUACGUUACAUCCCAGUUUCUUUCAUGCAGACGAUAAAGUCAUUCACUCCAGCAACGACUGUUGUUUUGCAGUGGCUUGUGUGGAAAAAAUACUUUGAUUGGCGUAUUUGGGCUUCUCUGGUACCAAUCGUAGGGGGAAUUCUUCUUACAUCAGUUACAGAGCUUAGUUUUAACAUGCUGGGGUUCUGUGCUGCCUUAUUUGGUUGUCUUGCAACUUCCACAAAGACAAUUCUCGCAGAAUCCCUGUUGCAUGGAUACAAGUUCGACAGCAUUAACACGGUAUACUACAUGGCACCUUUUGCAACAAUGAUAUUGGCUGUCCCAGCGAUCCUUCUUGAAGGUUCUGGAGUUCUUCUCUGGUUUCACACCCAUACAUCUAUUACCUCAUCCCUCAUCAUUAUUUUCAGUUCGGGAGUGUUGGCAUUUUGCCUAAAUUUCUCCAUCUUUUACGUGAUUCACUCAACAACUGCAGUAACAUUUAAUGUUGCCGGAAAUCUCAAGGUUGCAGUCGCCGUCAUGGUAUCAUGGCUCAUAUUCCGGAAUCCUAUCGCGUAUCUGAAUGCCGUGGGGUGUGCAAUAACGCUCUUGGGCUGCACUUUCUAUGGUUAUGUGCGGCACAUGCUAUCCCAACAGCCACCAGGGACUCCUCGGACUCCCCGUACCCCACGAAAUCGUAUGGAGCUCCUACCCCUUGUAAAUGAUAAAUUAGAUGAUAAAGUGUAAUUGAGGCGCUGUUGGUUCUAGGCAGUUGGACAGGGUGCGAUAUUAGCGAGAGAAGAGAAGGAACUAGGAAAGAGAGAACUCCCCUUUGUCAUUUGAAGCUUUGAUUAAGAUUAUUCUGAAAUUUUUAAUUAUACGCCCUCUCUCACCGGGCAAAUUAUAUGUUUU